UGACGUACGAGCUGCUAAAACGAAACGUUUUCUUGGACUGUUCGUGUGAGAGAAAGAAAUCUUCGGCAAAGAAAUGGCAGAAGUUGCUCCAGCUCCAGCCGCAGCCGCCCCGGUUAAGGCUCCCAAGAAGAAAGCAGCAAGCAAGCUUAGGAAAGCGGGGCCCAGCGUUGGGGACUUGAUCGUGAAGGCAGUUUCUGCUUCUAAGGAGAGACACGGAGUUUCACUGGCUGCCUUGAAGAAGGCUCUGGUCGCCGGUGGUUACGACGUAGAGAAGAACAAUUCUCGUGUAAAGAUUGCAGUCAGGAGCCUGGUGACCAAGGGUACCUUGCUUCAGACUAAAGGAACCGGUGCCUCUGGUUCGUUUAAGCUGAACAAAAGUCAGCCUGCUGUGAAGAAGCCCGCCAAGAAAGCAGCUCCUAAAGCUAAGAAGCCAGCGGCGGCCAAAAAGGUAGUAGCGAAGAAGCCUGUAGCCAAAAAGUCGCCCAAGAAGAAGCCCGCUACAGUGAAGGCUAAGAAGAGCCCAAAGAAGGCCAAGAAGCCGACAGCAGCGGCUAAGAAGCCGAAGCCGGCCAAGAGUCCGAAGAAAACCAAGAAGCCGGCUGCAAAGAAGGCGACUAAGAGUCCUAAGAAAGCAAAAGCGACCAAGCCAAAAGUUGCCAAGCCCAAGAGCGUCAAAGCGAAGAAAGCGGCUCCUAAGAAGAAGUUUCAAUCAGGUCGUCUUAGCUUCGGUGUAUGAACCAUAGUUCGGUUGGAAGACGUGGGACUCAUAACACUAUUGGAAAGACGAACAAUCGCCGGACAGAAAUAUUGUAAUACUGCCAAACAACCUUUUCCUGGUAAAAAUUGUUAGAAGCUCAAUGGAUGACAGAAACUCCACUAUCCACCAUGCUCCAGAUAUCAGAGCCUGUGAAAACUCAACAGCCCAUCAAAAAAAAAAAUGUAAUCUGGGGGCCCAUCUGUGCCAUCCACAUCACACGCAUUUUAAAGCUGCGUAUUUUGGCAUUUGUUUUUAAUCUCCUAAAUGUUAUUUUUCUGACAUUAAACAUUUAUCUAAUUUGAUUUCAUAUUACAAACAGUAUUACAAACUUUUAAUGUGA